CCUUCUGACCAGGGGAGGACUGACAACUCAUGGGGCCCUCGGACAAUAGGGGAUCAUGGGGCCCCUGUGUCCUUGCCCAAACUCAAAAAAGCCUAUGAAAAAGGUACCAGGGGCAUCUCAUGGGGCUCCCUACUGACCCCGGGCCCUUGUGCAGUGCCUGAGUUUCCAAAUGGUCAGUCCACCCCUGAGAGUUUAACAACUAGGUGGGUUCAUGUGUACAUGAGGCCUCAAAAUUCCCUUGCUGACCAGACCAUUAUAUCAUUGCAGAAGAUAUAUCUCCAAGGAUUGUCCACUUCCCGCACUGAUGUGAUGUCUAUGCAG